AACGAAAUAAAAAAGAUGGCCAAAGGUUUCAAAGAAAAGUUGGGUGAAGGAGGAUUUGGCACUGUGUUCAAGGGGAACCUUUGUAGCGGGCCAUCUGUGGCCCUAAAGAUGUUGGCAAAAUCUAAAGGCAAGGGGAAAGACUUCAUCAAUGAAGUAGCAACCAUUGGAAGGGUACAUCAUUUAAAUGUGGUACAACUAAUUGGAUUUUGUAUUGAAGGGCCGAAGCACGCUCUGGUUUAUGAAUUCAUGCCCAAUGGAUCUCUUGAUAAAUUUAUUUUCUCUAAAGAAGGAAGUAUACAUUUAAGCCUUGAAAAAAUAUAUAGUAUAGCAAUUGGAGUAGCUCGUGGGAUUGCUUAUCUCCACCAUGGAUGUGAGAUGAAGAUUUUGCAUUUUGAUAUCAAACCCCACAACAUCCUACUAGAUGAGAACUUCACCCCAAAGAUCUCUGACUUUGGAUUGGCCAAGCUAUAUCCGGUUGAUAAUAGCAUUGUCACAAUGACCACAGCAAGAGGAACAAUUGGGUACAUGGCUCCGAAGUUAUUCUACAAAAAUAUUGGUGGUGUGUCUUAUAAGGCUGAUGUAUAUAGCUUUGGAAUGCUUUUGAUGGAGAUGGCAAGCAAUAGGAAAAAUCCGAAUCCCCAUGUGGAGCAUUCAAGCCAACUUUACUUUCCCUUAUGGAUUCAUGAUCAGCUUGGAAAACAAAGUGACAUAGAAUUGGGAUAUGUUAAAGAGGAAGAAAUUAGGCUUAAUUGCACUUUUGCGAAGAAGAUGGUCAUGGUCGCCCUUUGGUGUAUACAAUUGAAGCCGGAUGAUCGCCCUUCAAUGAAGAAAGUAGUGGAGAUGCUUGAAGGAGAUGUGGAAAGCCUUGAAAUGCCUCCUAAGCCUUCUUUGUAUCCACAUGAAACAAUUGCAGGAGAUCAAGGAAGCAACUCCAAACAGACAAUGGUUGAAGGUGUGAAAAACGACUAG